AUGGCGAAGAACAUGUUCUUCUCCUUCUCCUUCGCGGCUCUCGCAAUCACCGCCCUCUUAAUGGGGCUAGGCCCCCACCUCACUGCCAUCGCGCUCGCUCAAAAGGUCAGUGCAGGACUACCCCGUGACCACCACCACUCCGACGACGACGAAGAAGGGGAUUACGAACCCCCCAUGGAGUGCGACGAAGAAUUACCCUACUACCACAGUGACUCCUUGGGCCUUAACAAACAUCAGGAAUAUUGUAUUACUGGUAUUAAGUCAGGAAGUACCGGAUGGGAGAAGGCUGUCAGCGAAGACCUCAGCGCACACAUCUUCGAAUUUCAAUCAGUGGCCUCUUUGGCGGUCGAUAGACGGAUGGAUGUUUAG